AUGGUAGCAAGAAGUCAUUCUCAAAGCAGAAAAUUUGGAAGAAGAGGAAGAUCUCAUUCGAAGACCAAACUUGGGAAAGAUGAGUGUGCUUUCUAUCAUGAGAAAGGACACUGGAAGAAAUAUUGCCCCAAGUUGAAGAAGAAGGAGAAAGCUGUCCCAGAUACAAAUAUAGCUAAAUAUGAGAAUGCAUGGGAACCUUCCAAAACUCCAUCAUUGGAUGGUAAGCAUUACUUUGUAACAUUUAUUGAUGAUUUUUCUAGAAGAGUUUGGGUGUAUAGCAUGACAACUAAAGAUGAAGUGCUAAACGUUUUCAUCAAGUGGAAAAAUAUGGUGGAGAAUCAAUUUGACAGAAAAAUCAAGUGGCUCAGAAUAGAUAAUGGUGGAGAAUACAAGAGUGAUCCAUUCUUUGAUGUUUGUAAUGAGUAUGGCAUUGCCCGACACUUCACUGCUGAGGCUUUGGAGUAUGCACAUCAUCUCGUCAAUCGUUUACCGUCAUUAGCUAUUGGUGGUAAAACACCUAUGGAGAAGGAAGAGAGUACUUCGAAGAAAGUGGAAUUUGAGAAGAUGAUGAUUAACACAACAAAAAAAGCAGAAGUGCCAAGUGAUUCUCCGAUAGUAGCAGGGGAAUCAAAUGAAGAAGAGAUUCUAACUCAAGAACCACAACAACAACCAGACUCAAUUGCAACUAGGAAGCCGAGACGGGAAAUUCAAAGAUAUGAUCUUUUUACAAAUAUGGUGGGAUAUGCAUUUCCAGUGGUAGAUGAAGAUAUUCCUUCCAACUUUCAAGAAGCAACCCGAAGCUUCCCGAAGCUUAGAGAGUGGAUAGUGGAAGAAAGCUAUGGAUAA